GGCUAUCUGGUUUGACCGUCAUCCAGUAAUGGGGCUUUGCCAGCAUCUGUCACUGUUGCCUUUGGCUGUCUGUAAGGAGAAAGAGGAGAGAGGAAACUGAACUGAGUUUCUGCUUUCAUAGCACUACUGGGCUCAAUGAAGAUUAGUCCUCAGGGAGGAAGCCUUCAGGUCAGAUCCAGCAUAAAUCCUCUGAAUCCUGUGCUCUAAAGUGAUUGUUGUCUUCAGCAAAAGGAACUUACCUUCAACUCUGGGAGACAACCAAGGGCAACAACAAUAACAUACAUUGUUUGGGGGAAUCUUUUGAACUCUUCUGACCAAUGCUCAAAAGGAAGAUUCUCAUCCCUGGUUGUAGAGAUAAUCCUCCUGGCGGAUGAAUAGACAGAGAUGUCCAUCACUCAACUCCUCCACAAAGAAGAGCUGAAGAUGCACAACUGUGUUCAGAGAGGUCAGUCACACACCCGUUUUGGUAUAUAGUAAAGUGACAUGCAAGGAGCUGACAGUGAUGCCGCUGCAGGCCGUAAAAUGAAAAGAAGCUCGUCAAGAGAGAGGAAAGAAAACAAAGUGAAGCUGUUUCUUUCUUACCUUGUGUAUUCAUCAGAUCGUCUUGAAAUUUAACUAAAAAUAUGACAGCUCUUUCUUCAAAGAACUGUACCUCUCAAUACCAGUUUCAUCAGUCUCAGCAGCCCCUCGAUGCCUCCUGUCUGUUGUUCUUGAUCAUACUUGCGAAAGUGUUAUUAAAUAUCCUCAUCCUAAGAGUGAGAAGGAAAGACACCUGUUGGACUUUUAUGGAGUAUUUCUGCUUUUCAGUAGCAUUUGUUGAUCUCCUGCUGCUGGUGAACAUUUCCAUUCUGACCUACUUCAGGGACUUCGUAGUUCUAGGUAUUAGGUUUACUAAAUACCACAUCUGUCUGCUCACACAAAUCAUUUCCUUCACUUACGGCUACUUGCAUUAUCCAGUGUGCUCACUGGCCUGUAUAGACUACUGGUGUAAUCUGUCCAGAGCCACCCAGCAUUCAUUUAGGUGGCAAAAGUUACUCUAUUUCUUGACAGUCAUUUUAACUUGGAUCUCAGUACUAGCUUACGUUUUGGGUGAACCGACCAUCUCAGUAAGCCUAAAGACACACAGGGCUUAUGUGUACCAGUGUCCCUCCUAUGUCAGCACUCAGAGUCAUUGGCUGUCACUAUCUAUGCUGAUGGUUUUAUUUGUGGCCUUUCUGAUUUCAUGGCAAGGAGUUGUUGCCUUGUUACAGGCUAUGAGGAUAGCAUCCUAUAAGAACAAGGCCGUCCUCUAUUUUCCUUUCCCACCGCACUCCGGUUACACUGUGAGCUCCAGAAAAGUGCUCUUGCCCAGGCUCAUCGUGUGCUUUCUUGGUACCUGGUUCCCCUUUGUGGCACUUCAGGUCCUCGUCAUCUCACUCAGAGUCCAGAUCCCAGCAUACAUCGACAUGAAUGUCCCCUGGCUGUACUUUGUCAACAGUUUUCUCAUUGCCGCAGUGUAUUGGUUUAACAGCCACAAGCUUUAUUUAAGAGGCAGCACGUUACCUGUGGAUCCUUUCAUCAACUGGAAAUGCUGCUUUGUUCCAGUCCAUAGACUUAAGCAAGUGGAGAGGCCCAUGGCCGUCAUCAUCUGCUAACAUGCUGUGCUGGAGGAACUCCAGAAGCACCGAGCUCCAUCUUCCAAGGACAAAGGUGGCUCGGGACAUGGAACGGAAGCUCUUGCUCCCCUAACUUUUAUCUUUUCAGCACAGCCUCUGUGGGGUGGAUAUCAAAUAUUGCUAAGGACACACGAACACAGCAGAGUUUUUAUGUCUGCUCGUCAACAUUGUGUAUUUACUGUUAAUCCAAAAGUAAAAUAUACACAUUAACAUGUGGCCAGUUUUAUGUUUUACUCCAAAAAAACCCUACUGGGUGCAAAAUGUUAAAUAAAUUUGAGAUUCUACUUGCCAACUUUAAGAUCUGAGCUUAAAUAUUUUAUAAACUUUAGAGCAAAAUAAAAGACUUAACGUGA